AUGAGUCUGGAUGGUCCUGAGGUUUCGGAAGUAUCUCGUGAUAUCCCUGUACCGCCACUUUCUGGUAUUAAUAAUGGAACUCAAGCCACAAGCAUAAAAGAGGUUCUUUAUGCCAAGCAGCAGGCUCUAAACGAUCAACAGUGCCGGCUUGAUUAUCUGCAGAACAAGAUGUGCAUCCUGCAGGCAGAUAAUCGUUUUCUUAAAGAAAAAGGAAAUGUUCAAGCUGCUAUCAUCGAAAGGUUGGACGGCAAAAAUGCAAAAGUGCCAAUGCUUAUUAGCAGUCAAAUGGAGGAGGUACGGGCCUAUCGAGAACAAUUAAAGCGUCUGAAAGAAGUGUUUGUUCGCACAAAUAAGGCUAUGCAGGAGUCAGAAAAUGCCCGCUACAAGGCUGAGGAGGAGCUACAGCAUCUUCGAAACCUCGCAUUUGAACAAAACCUACCUGAGCGCGAAGAAUUAAUUGCUGCUGUCGAGAAUUUGAAGGCAGAUUUAGAAUGUGUUGAAAAAGAGAAAAUGGCCUUGGAAAAAUACGUUUAUAACCUGGAGAAGAACCAGAAAUGUGAACGCGCCAGACUGCUUAGGAUACAGAAGGAACUACAAGCAAACUGUUCAGAUCUUACUUCAACGGUCCACGACUUGCAACUCAAUCUGCAGGAGAAACAGAAGAUGCUGGACGUGCAAACAAUGCACAUUCAGCGAAUCAAGGGACAUGCAACACGCAACAGCGUGGGCACUUUAACUGAUAUCGUAGGUGAAAUCCCUACAGGACUGUCAGAUCACGAGGCAACUGUUUAUUGUAAACAGGGGUCCUUGUUUGAGUCAAUGCCUCCACCUCAUCUACCCAAAGCUAAUAUUGUAGCCAAAUCAGGCAGAAAGGAGUCGUCGAAGAACGAAGUUUCUCCAAAGCAGAAAGCAACUCACACGGAGGUGGAUACACAGGCCAAACCCGUAAAACCGGCUGUGACGAAGACGGAGCCGACUGAGACCGCAGCCCCACAGCCUUCUGGAACACGCUGCAUGGCUCGCAAGAAGGCAGAACCCUCGGACAAUUCCUCACGCCCUGUGACAUCGCGUAAGGGCCAAGUGCGCUGCGCACCGACCAACGCUUCUUCCCGUCCAGCGACCACCGAUUUGCCCAACUUCGUGUCUAGUGUUGCCGGUCUAAUUGACAGUAGUUUCGAGGACCGACGAGGACAAAGUCUGGACUCGUCAGACCACAGAGACUUCACUUUCGCGGUGUUACAGGCAAGCGAGAACCUGGCUCGUCUUGUUGCAAGGGCCAAAAUUCCAGAAGAGACUGCACCCCACAUGAACACUGAUGAACCGAGGAAUUCUCAUGAAAAUGGGUCAGAGGUGGCGGAAGAGCAGGGUUGUAAAGAAAACCAUUUUACAACGGUUGUGAACCCACAGGCCUACGAGGACUGGCCAGAGUUUGAGGUGGUGGAACCUCUCAGACAUCAGGCAAUGCCGAAACCAGUCCAAGUGAAAAACGAGAUCCAAGCGGUUGCUGCUCGCGGCGACUCCCCAGAUGUCUCGGAACUCUUGCAAAAGAUGCCAGGUCCUUCGAAGUGUCAGGUUUCGAACGCGCCAAAGCCGUCUACCGUCGUCACUAAUUUUAUUCGCGAAGUCUUUCGUGCGGAAUCGGGCGAGGCAAGUGAACAAAACGAAUACGAGCCACAACUAGGCAUCCCUCAACCCGAACGAACCUCCUCCAGGUCUUCUGGAGGCGCGUCGCGGCUCAACCGGAGUGCGCCACAAGAACACACCGCUGGGGUGAAAAAGAGGUCAAUUCAAACGAAUCGAAGCUGUCACCAUCCAGUGUCGACCGUUAGCAAACCUAAAACAGAUCAAGACGGUAACCAUCGAGCUUUGAAGAAAUCGCCGAAGGCUCAACAAAGUGCACGAAUUAGUAGAAAAGUGCCUCCAGUUUGGCCAAAGUAUCAGACUCCGCGGUCCCUGCUAUAUCGACUUGUAACAACCGAAAAGGACUUCUUCAUGCCCAGUCAGGAAGACAGCAACAAUACAAACAGCAGCACCUCGUCAGCGGCCCAAGCAGGCACUCGCCUCGCCUCCACUCUCUUCCAAAGUCACCUCAAGCCCAUCUCACCGAACCCCGGCAACGCAGCCUCGUCUCAGUCAGCCAAACAAACGGUCAGAAUUGAGGUCUUUCUUCCUGUGGCCACGACAGUACAACUACUUCGGAGUGAAUGCUUUAGUUAUACUUCGAAGUGA